AUGCAUUUCUCCAAGACCUUCAUCCUCAUCGCGGCGGCCGUCGUCCCCUCGGCCAUGGCCGGCUGCAAGAACGCCCCCUACCAGGGAACCUGCCUGACCUGCACCAUGUCCUGCCAGGACGACUAUAGCGGCCCCGGCCGCCAGGAGUCGCUGCAGCGGAUGUCAUGCCAGUUCGCCUGUCUUGCGUUCUGCGACGACUGCGACUAA